AUGGCUCCGGCACGACGUAUAUUCCCGAGGAAAGACAUUACACUAGACCGUGCUGUCAAUGCUGGAGUUAGUCUGCCAAGCUUCAACUUCGUGGAGACUCGUCCGCCUCGUCGACGUCGGGAUGGUUCACACUCCGUCAGAAAUCUCGAGCUUCCAAGUCUCAACGGAGCGACACAAGCAGCAAUUGUAGAUCUGGAUGAUGUGCUCUACGCCACAGUAUCCCGACGAGCAGAGCAGUUCGAAGACCCAUCGAUGACUCUGGAGACCAAGAUGGCUCGAGUAUGGCAGGCAUUGCUCCGACACUCCGAAAGCGGACGUUUUGGGAACCCUAAAGCGGGUCCUGUGAACCCUAUUUGCACCGCUCUAUGUCUUGAAGCCACAGAGCAGAUUCUCGCGGCGUGUGGAGCAUCAACUUUGCUACGGAAUGUACUCGUGGGUGGGCUUGCGAACUCCAUCUACGCAGAGUAUGAUCCGGAUCAAGGCUUUGAAAAGCAGCAGCAAUACGCGCACGUCGUAGGGCGUCAGAACAAGCAGAUUGCUGCUCAAGAAGAAGAAAUCGCGAAGCUUGUGAAGAUGCGGGAGCUUGCAGAGCAGCACGUGUUCGAUCAGCUCAGUGCGGCCGGUGUGGGUCAACUGCUGCAACAAAUGGACUUGUCUCGUCGGGUGAGUGCUGUGACUGAGAUGUUGGCUCCUGUGCUGGAUGACGAGAUGCUACUUGUGCUCUGGAAUGCUACUGCUACAACCCAAGCGUCUGCUAACCAGCUCCUACACUCUCAAGCGACAGACAAUGACGAGGUUGAUCCAGCUCAAGAGAAAAUGUCCUGGAAGGAGACCCGAAAGCGUGGAGCUGCACUAGCUAGUCUCGUGCUCCAAGAACGCGUUCGUCUGGUGAUUCUGGUGUGGCAACGAUUGAGUCCUGAAGAGAAGAACUUGGCUUACAAGGCACUGGACCCCUCGAUCUCCGCCACACAGGCGGUUGCUACACUCAAGAGCGUCCUGCACGCACUGGAAGAAACCUACGUGUCCGAGUUAAUCCACCACCAGCGACAACUGUCGCGUCGGAACUUGAAUCUGGCCUCGCAGCUGGGAAUCAUCAACGAGUCCGGCCCAAACGAGACCGCAGCUACUGGAAGACACCUCGCUUUGGCUCCUACAACCCCGCGUGCGUUAGGAAAACUACGCGUCAAAAGAGGCCGUUCACGCACGUUGCUACUAACUGGCGAGACUGUGGAUUCAGGUUACGCGUCUGUGGAGUCCAAGGCGUCAAUCCCACAGGUUUUACUAGGUGCUCUUGUGUCGUCAAGCCCAGGGCAUGGACGUCUCAGUCAAGUUCAAAUAUCUCCAAACCAACGUUCGAGACCGGUGAGCUCUGGUAUCUUGCCGGAGCAGUUGCUGGCAUCUCACACUGAUGUCCUCCGUACGUGCGAAGAUGUCUUUGAUCUGCUCUGUGAGGUGGAACAGCAGCAAGUGGCUGCGAUGGAGCGACAUAAUGGUGACCACAGAGUAAACUUUGAAGAGAUUGAAGAGGGGAUAUUGAUGCAAGCGCGUUUAAAGCUCCGAGAUCUUCUGUGUACGUACAUAGAGCCAUCCGAACCUAUCCAGGAGCGCUAUGACCGAUGUGAGGAAGCACGCGAAAAGCGAUUGGAGCUUGAGAGCAGUCGCUUAGAUGAUGAACGUAAGCUGACGGAGUUAGUACGUGCCAUUAUAUCCGGACAACGUCGCAAUCCGGAACUUCUCGUCAACGCUGUGAACCGCAGUCCAGAGACUCUGUUGAGUGCGAUGUCGCUGAAUCCAGGGAUGUUAUUCUUUUCUAUCGUGAAAUUUCCUGAAGUAGUGAAGAGAUUCCUGUCUUUGGAUUCGAAAGCGUGUGAUUACCUGGACGGGUUAGUGCAGAAGCAUAAAGGAGUGCAGUUAUUAUGGAGACCCCCAGGAGGAAACUACAGCCACGAUACCUUCCUAUCGACAAACAAAAUGAGAAAAGCGUCAGUUGCUGCCGAGGAGUUAGCGUUAGCGCUACCGACUGGUGAUUCGUUGGAACAAGGAGCAAUGUUACUAUUGGAGUGGUUUACAUCGCAUCUAAACGACUUUAGUGAAGCGUUGCUGGAGCAUCCGAAGCCACUGCAAUUGCUGUUCUCGAAGAUGCACCAACGUGGCGAUGUGUCUGCCUUCUACCAGAUGAUGUUACUACUGCAACAGACUCCAGGAGUCCAAAACUUCAUAUCACGUGCUUCAGUUGGAACGUUGGAGAGACUCGCGCUUGAAGAUCAGACUGCUGUACUAGCUGUUCUGAGAGAGAUCUUCCAAUGCCGUGACAGCAGUGAAAAUGGUGGAGAGAGCUCGCCACCUCGAGCGAAUCGAGAUUUACUACACGAGUUGCAAGCGUCUCCACAUCUGUUGACGUGUCUGAGUUCUAUGGAUCCGAACGUGGUGCAGGAGGUUUUCCUGGGGAAUGUGGACGCGUGGGGACCAUUUUUUGUUGAUAUGAUUGCUUCCAACGAUGCUUUACUACGUCAGAGUAUCGUACAGCGAACGAACCACGCUGAGGGUGGCGACACGUUGUUGCGUCUUCUCGCUGCGGUUAUUGAUGGCACUACUGGCGUACUGGACCUUGAAGCGUUGGAUAGAGCUCUUUCGGCACCAGCCGUGGAGCAGGAGAAGCAGCGACAAGCCAGCGCACACAGGAAAGAGCUUCAAUGCAUUUACCUCCGCGGUCGCUGCACUGUUUUUCGAGCAGUUAUCGCACCACAGAUCGCGGUCGUCGGGUACAAUCCUCGUCGCUACUUGUGUCAAUCAGGGAUCGUGAACAAUUUUGCUGUAUCAACAGCAGCUUCGUGUGCUCAAGACCGAGCCAGUAAAGAGAAAGGAGGACGAACGCUGCUACGUCCUCGAGCGAAGAAAGGGACCCCAUCGGCUUUAACAAGGAAGCGCCAUCCUCGAGGAGAAGUUGGCGGGUUCCAGACAGCACCAACCUCCAAUGGAGACAGCAGUACAAGUGAAAGGAUUCUACUAGCCAGAGGGGGUGAGAUACCUACGAUGUGGCAGCUGUAUCUACGUGCUCAUGCUGCGUUACAGUCAAGAGAAGACUCCGACGGACGCGAGACUCUCCCUGCGUUGUCUAAGGCUCGAACUAAAGCCUUAGUGCUGGAUAUCUGGCUAGAAUUCCUCAAAGUUGACCACUUACAGCUCGAGACAACGAGUCUAUGGACUGUAGCGCCGUUCGUGUGCGACUACUUGGCGGCACGGUACAACGCGCCUGCAGCGGUAGGUGCACGCCUUGAGAACUUGUUGAAUGGCUUACUGGCUUUCCAAGAUGACUCUCGCGUGGCUUUCUUCGCGUCGGUAUGCGGAUUGGGCGAAGUGAAGACGUCAGACGCGUACGAAUCGGGUCCACCAAGUUACGACGUGUUCCUGUACUACAUGCACGCACUGGCGCAUCUUUUCUACGGUCAGAUGAAGAUCUUCCAGUCAGGCAGACGUCUGGAUGAAACAGCGAGUGGCAGUUGCCCCAUCGAUGUCCAGCACGCUGUGACUGUCACGAACACGCUGUUUACUUUCUCGUUAACAGAUACAGCGCUACGUGCAUUACGUGCUGAGAUCGAAGGACUGCCACGCAUCAAAGCCGCUGCAAUAGCAGGAAUGACAGAUAUCCAAGUUUUGGAAUCAACAAGCGACGCAAGUGCUGGUAAUUCGGCGGAUAAUAUCGACGAAACGGAUGAUAAAACGCGAUUCGUCGAGCUUGACGAUGUCAUGAGUAUCUUUUUGAAGCAAUGGACAGCCAAGACCCAUCAGACGGAAGAGCGUUAUCGACAGGCGUUUGCAGCGAAUGAGCUGGGUGGAGAUCGGAUCGGAAUGGACGAGUUUAUCAAGAUCGUGACUGGAGUCACAGCUGGACGGGUAUCAGCGCGUGAGUGUCGCUUAGUGUUCGGUGACGCCGGUCAGGAAUUCAUGAACCUGGACAUGUUCAUGCGCGUGACGCGUGCGUACCAGCUCCACGUCUUCGACACGCAUUUACCCGAGGUUAACCUCGAUGAACGCGACCGGCAGGAUCUUCGUCUAUCUGUUGGUAGAGCCAACAUCGCAUCAAUUCAACGAGAAGUUGAAGACUUAGCACGAUACUGGCGAAGUGUUCGCUCCGACGUGGUGCACCAACUCGAAGCUGCGCAUCAGAAGAAGACGACAAAGGCGCUACUAAAGAAUCAGAGUGCGUUGAUAGAGAAGCUAGUGGCGAACACGCCUCCGCUGCAGCAACAACUACAGAUCCAGCAGCCAUAUGCUAAACGUCAAGCCACGAGCUCAGCUCACACUGCAGCGUUGCAAGAGAAGCUUGAUCGAGUGUGGCAUGAAGUGAGAACGUGCGUGGCGAUGCUGCAUCGAGCUAAGCUUACUCAACACUACCUCAGUGGACUCUUCAUCCGAUCCAACAUGCUGCGCUGGAUACGGCAAGCUCGCAAGCGCGCCAAAGAAGAGGAAAAACGGCUUACAUCCCGGCUAUCGACACCUUUACUUCCAUCGAGCUCUGGGAUCUCUAAGUCGAGCUCAGUGCAAAGUAUAACCUCGCAACCAUAA